AUGAAUCCCACAGUGGAAGGCGAACCUCUUUAUGGCACUACAAACAGUGGCAUUGAAUGGACAAGAGUGACUCCUCAGGAAGGCCUUAAUGUCAAUGAUGGGUCGCAAUUAGAUAAGAUGCACACAGUCACGAUGUCGAUUCCUUCCAGUUUGAUUGAGGAGGCAAGCCCGACUUCCUUGACAUUAGGCUUUGUGGUGGAAUUGCUCAUGCCAAGUUCACAAGAGAAUUAUGGAAUUGAUGAUCUGAAUAUCACCUCAUUCUAUACAUGUGCAAAAACAAGUGUCCCUUCUGCCUCAGUCACCAGUACACCAUCCACAAGCACCUUACCUCCCACACUCAGUACAUUAUUGCCCACCAUUCCUUCACCGAGUCCGACCAAGAAAUGUGAGGUAAUCAUUAGUGCCAUUGUUGGAAAUGAAUCCUUUGAGAUUGAGCCAGUGGGAGUCACUGCCAUUGAUGGAAUUCAAGUUGACUUUGACUUCUUCCAAACUCUCACUGAAAGUCAAGUAAGUUGGCUAGCACUGCUGUACACAAAUUCGUCUGGCGUGGAAGCAUGUGGCACAGCAGAAAAUCCCCAGUAUGGCAGCAAUGCCCUGAGCUACAGCACAGUGUGCGAUGGUGACUACGCAUCGGUUGAUGUCUACUUCCAUGAUCCCUUGUGA